AUGCUGACCGCUGAUCAGGAGUUUGACCAAGAUAGUCUGAACCAAGACUUCGAACUCUUCUCGUCGACGACACAAAACGUCAACCAAAAACAUGGCUCCAGCACACCCUCGCCAAUGACUGGUGCAACUUGCCCCAAGAAGGCUCCGGGUGAUCGACAUGGAGUAGAGAGUAUGAUACCGUCUAUCAAGAACGAAGAACCAUGGCUGGAUUGGUUCCAUGCUAGCACCGCCGAGGACAUGCAUACCCUGCCGGUCAUGAAGGCCAAGAACAAGCUCUCAAUCAGCGACAGCGGCUAUGGCUCUGUGGAUCACACUGACAGGCAUGGUAUCGAGACUGGAUCUAGUGCUCAACCAGACAUGGCCGGUUCACCAAACAACCAGGUCUCAGAAUACUGCGAGAUCUGUUGUGAGGAGUCAGAGAAGCGCCGCUAUUUCAGCAAUAACGCGGAUAGAAGCAUGUUGACUACGAAGACGUCGAAGUUUUACUAUCGAUGUGCUGCUCCUUCUUGCCAGAAGAAGGACAAGAUCUGGCCACGAAAGGACAACUUCAAGGCUCAUCUCGAAGGAACACAUAGAUACGACGAAUUUCAGGUCGCCGAGCUUCUGGUGAAAUCGGAAUGUACUCCUGAGUCUGUGAAGCUAGACCCUAGCGUCGCCAGUCGGCGCAAGGUCAAAUGCAGGAAGGUGAAGACCAAGCGUCGCUCCCGCAAGGAGCUCUCAUCAGAGGAUGAGGACAGUAACGAUGCAGAGAGCUCGGCUGGAGAAUCCCACCAUGGGUUUGAACCCACCAACUGUUCACCUCAACCUGUUGCACAGAGCCCGGUGCUACGUUCUGCAUCCUAUCCUUCCAAUCCUUUACCACAAGCAGUUCGAUCGUUGCCUCUAGGUGCCACAUAUACUUAUCCUCCAUCAAUUUUGGUAUCCCAUGACCCUGAAGGCGAUGUGCGCGAACAAAAUACACCGAUCGAAAUGAUGGACACCACCACGGAUUUCUUUGACGAUGUACACUCCUCAUAUCUCAUGGUCUGUGUGCCAUCUCCAGAGCAAAUAGUGCCAUCACCAGCCGCUUACAGCUCAAGCACAUAUGCAGACUCAUUGUUCGAAUCCGACAUGGACGACUUGACCACAGAUACCGAUUUUGAUAUAGAUAUAGGCGAACGCGAGACUAUCUUCCAACCUCUGCUCAGACCGACAGUGCACUGUUUGUUGACCGCCUACUCCUCCUCUCGCCAAAACGCACCAGGCAACAGUGGACAACAAUCCUCAAACUCCAGCUAUUCAUCAAGCUUGAAUGGCCAUGGUGGAGCUAGUGGAUCUAAGGCGAACAAUCUACCCAACCUGUCGCCUGGAGGCAAGCGAAGGCGUACCCUAGCUGAGGAAGAUGACGGCAACGAUGAUGAGCAACCGCCAAAGCGGAAGAGUAAAGCUGCCCGAAAUGAUGAAGAUCUCCCUCCCUUGGCAUGUCCGUUUGUCAAAUUUGAUCCUCUCAAGCACGACAAGUGCUAUACCUUUGUUCUGAAAGGUGUAUCUCGCGUCAAGCAACAUCUUGAACGGGUGCACAGCAUUCCUAUCCACUGUCCCAAGUGCUACUUAGUCUUCCGCAACAACCCCGAAGCCAGAGACAGACACGUGAGAGAAGGUACCUGUCAGACUGCUCCAGAGCGCCGUCUCGAAGGUAUCGAUGAGUCAACUAUGCGAAAGCUCAAGCGUCGAGUUACGAGCAGAUCAGUGUCAGAAAGCUGGUACUCAAUGUUUGCACUGCUGUUCCCAGGGGCAAGGAAGCCAGAGUCACCUUUCAUGGAUCUUACGCUCUCUGCCGAGCUCUCAGCCUUCCGCGACUUCUGUACAUACGAAGGACGCGACGUAGUGACGAGCAUUGUGAACGCCAACAUGCCUUCUGGAAGCGACCAGCAACAAGACCAACUCGAAGACUUCACGCGACAAGUUUUCCAGAGAAGCAUCGAACAACUGUUCCUGCAGUGGCAGAGCAGACCUCGGUCUGUCACUAGCGCACCCAUCGUGACUGCCCAGACCAUGCUUCCUCCGACUCCUCCUUCUACUUUUACCCAAGACUUGAAUGACAUGGGGAUCAGUGAUACGUUUACAAUCGCCGAUGAGGAAUCCUUACUGCCAGCACCGCAGCAAUAUUCUGACCUCAGCAUGCCUUGGAUGAAUACCGAGUUUCAGCAGAACACCGAGGCUCAACAGCAACAGCAGCAGUUACAACAGCAAUGGAUGUAUUUUGGUGAGGUCUUUCCGAUGGAUCAGAGGCAACAGUUUUGGAAUGAUCAUGGAGUAUUGGACGGGAUGGGCGGUUGGUCUGGUUGA